UAUCUAAUUAUAGUUAUUAAAAGAAGUAGCUUGACUAUACAAAUAAAAAGAAGUUUAAGCAUUUUCUCUUGGUCUGCCAUUUGAACUUGCUACUCAACCACAACAUUGUUUCAUUCUCAACAUUCGUCACAAGUUAAGAAUUGAAGAAUAAACCUUCCCUUGUUUCACUAAAGUUAACAGCAAGAAAAUUUACUUGCGCCUAAAUUCUGCUGUGUAAGAGCGACUUGCGACGACAACCUCGCAUGUAAAAUGCAAGAAGAAAAUUCGCAGAAUUCCUAUAGAACAAGAAUCAUAUCGUAUUUGGAGCCUACCAAUAAAAGAUAUAGUAAACGAUUGGUGCUUUGCCAGACAGAUAAUGGCCCUUGUCCCAUUAUUGCAAUUGUAAACUCAUUAGUCCUGAAAUCCAAUGCUGAAAGGACAUUCUUGCUUCCAAACAAAAAGUAUAUUCCUUCAGAAGAGGUAACCGACUGUCUUGUCGAAUUCGCUAAACGAUAUGCGCUUUGUGAGGAUUUAGGAGACCUUCAUGGUCAGCUUUCUACUAUGCAUUUUGGUCAACAGUUGAAUCCUUCAAUUCUAGACAUUCAAAAAUUCGAAUAUGGUGAUGAAAUGUUUAAUUUAUUCGGCAUUCCUUUAGUUCACGGUUGGCUAUUCUCUAGCGAAAUUAUGCAGGAUGAAGCGUCUCUCAAGUGCUUGCAAGAAUUGGAGUACUAUGAGAAAAUUGCAGAUACUUACGCAGAAAGACGUUCUUUAUUAGAAAUGACAGAGAGCUUGACCACGGAGCAGACAAACUUUAUAGAAAAAACUACAUUUGUUGACGCAAUUAUGGAAGAUAGAUUUACCAUGCAAUUUCUCACUUCUGCUGGUUUAGGAAAAAUUCUUGAGCUAAUUCAUCCGGGUGAAAUCGUGGUUCUAUUUCGGUCAUGUCAUUUUAGUACUUUGUAUUCCAAUCCGGAAUCUCUAACUCUCUUCACACUUGUCACUGACAGUGGGUAUGCCAGAACAGGUGAGGACGUUGUAUGGGAAACAUUUGAUGACCAGGUUGUUGAGACCGGAACUGGAGAACUUUGUUCAGCAAAUUUUAUUCCGGCUGUGUUCAUUUUAAAUCAGCGAAAGGAAGAACAAGAACGUCUCGUUAAAGAAGAUGAACGCCAUGCCAAGAGAAUAGCACAAGGACAACAAGCUCAGACCCGUAGGGAUCAAAGUAAAGGCAACUCACAGACAGCUCAUCGAACCAGAAACAUUAAGACAACAAAGAAGAAACAAGACGAACAGCAAUUGAAAAGCUGUGUUGUUUCGUAGAAAGAACUAGGGCUGAAAGCUACGUGUAAGCUAAAGGCUUUAUUUGUCUUAGAUAUAUUACUUAUGAUGUUCACGUUAAUGUAAUGAUUGUUUUUACCUC